AUGCAAAAUAAAUUAAAAUCAAGCACUUUAGUUAAUGAUCCAAGAGUAGUAUCAAAUGAUAAUCUAAAUAAAAAGCCAUCCUUAUCUACCUUUGUAACUUAAUAGAAAACAAGUAGUGAAGCUAAUAUCUAAAAGAUAAUCUAAAUUCAUCCUGAAUCAGCUAAAGGAAUGGCUUAGAAAAUAGCAUUUUCAAAUAAUUAGAGAGAAAGAUCAACAAAAUCUGAGACUUAAUUUCUAUAUUAUAUUUCAUCUGUUAUAAGAUGUUAUAUGACACCUGAAAUAACAAAACCAAUAUAAUAAGUUAGAGAACAUUUAAUUUAAUCAAUAUCAGCUGCUUAGUAUUCUAAAAUGAAGAAUUCUUAAUAAUAUGAAGAGAAGAGAGUUAAUUUACCAUCUAUUUCAUUAAAAAAAACAAUAGUGUUUGAUUUAGAUGAAACAUUAAUUCAUUGUAAUGAAUCAAUAAAAGUGCCAGGUGAUGUAAUUUUGCCUAUAAGAUUUCCAACAGGAGAUGUGAUAGAGGUAUUUUAUAAAUUAAAAUUAGGCAUCAAUUAAUAUUAGACCUUAUGCUCAAUAGGUUUUAUAGACAUUGAGUAGACAUUUUGAAUUGAUUGUAUUUACAGCUUCACAUUCUUGUUAUGCAAAUGUUGUGAUUGAUUAUUUGGAUCCAACAAAAUAAUGGAUAUCGCAUAGAUUCUUCAGAGAGAGUUGUGUAUAGACUGAAGAAGGAGCAUUUAUUAAGGAUCUAAGGUAUUGAGUGAUUGUUUUUGGUUAGAGUCAUUGGAAACAGACUGUUAUCGGAUCUGGUACUUGUAGAUAAUGCUGCAUAUUCAUUUUGUAUGUAGUAAUUAAAUGGUAUUCCGAUCCUGAAUUUUUAUGAUAAUAAAUCUGAUUAAGUAUGAAAUAUAAAAGAGUAUUAAUAGGAAUUACUUUAUUUACAAAAUUAUUUAAUGGCUAUGAAGUAUGCAAAGGAUGUGAGAUAAUUUAAUUAAUAAUAUUUGAAACUAGAUAGAUUUGGAGAGUUCAAGGAUCCAAUUUAGUUAUUAGAGACUUUGUUCAAAGAGUAUAUACCAUGAUUAAUAAAAUUAUAAUUAACAGUUUAUUUUGA